AUGUUUUUUCGUCCCGAUGGUGAAGGCAGACUCAAAACUAAUUUUAUGGAUGGCGUCCAUAUUGUAUUGCAAUUGCUGACCAGAAAUAAACAUCGAAAUAUCCUGUUGCAGAAAUUCGCAAUGCCCAUAGUAUCACGCAACAAAUAUAGAAAAAAAUCAAAAAAAAAGAUAAACAAAUGUUUUGUAACUACGAAGGAGUUCGUCGUAUGAAAGGGAAAGGAAAAGCGUUUCUGAGUCACUGGAUCGUGCAUGAAAUAAGGGAUGCUUAAACGCAGAUGACAGGUGAUGCGUCAAGAUAUUAUGAUGUGUAAGAAACUUAACCAGGUCCCUCCUUUCUUUGGGGGGAGGAGGGCCUUCGCUUUUGCAUGAAACGUACUUACCUGAAGGAAGUGCAAGUUUUGCUUUUGACUCAAAAAUUGCUUUUGAGCUUCCAUAUGGCACUCAGACGAAAAAUGAACGUGUACAACAGAUAAUGGGAGGAUAA